AUGCCUCACUACUGCCGUCGCCGCGGAAGCGGCGGAGGCGUCGGUGCCGCUGGGGGGGGUAGUGUGGCAACAGUGGCUGUGCUGGUCGUGGUGACGCUGGCGACGUGGGGACCCCGUGGCGCUGCGGGUGAGGCCCAAAUGACGUUAACCAUCUCUACGUCUCCCGGCGGCCUGUGUGACAUCUGCGACAAGCUGCCAACGAUGCCGGUUUGCGACGCUGAAGGUGUCCAGUACGAUAACAUGUGUUAUGCGUUGUGCAAGGACUUCAAAAUCAUUUGGCCGUGUCCCAAACCGAUACCGGUACACGAGCCAAGCCAGGCGCCUCAGGAGCCGGGCUCUCCGCCGGGGAGACCCCUGGUGCGACGUCCGCCGUUGCCAUCGCCCGAGACCAAACCGCCACCGCCACCGCAGUCUCCACGAAAGGUCCAGUCACCACUACUACCACCGCCAUCUCAUCCUGAGGUGAAGUUGCAACCACUGCCGCAACCACCGCCAAAGGUCGAGCCAUCGCCCAAGGCCAAGCCGCCUCUGCAUCGCACCCAUUCAUCGGAUUCCCUGCCGCCAUCCCCCAAGGUCAAGACGUCGGCGCCAUCCCGCAAGACCAGGCGGGCUUCACAGCCCCGCCACCUCCAGCCACAGGUCCCGAAGGCCAAUCCACUGCCGCCGCCAUCCCCCAACAUCAAACCGCCUUCCUAUCCCCCCCCACCAAAUGCACCUCAGAAGCCCAAACCUUCCGAACACAUCUUCGUGCAGGUGCUGGUGAAAACCUCUGUCACUGGCACCCCCGGGGUGGUGGUCAGGGGCAAGUACUUCGUCAUCAGCCCGUACCCAGUGAAAUCGUACUUCCAGUCGGCGGCCUUCUGCACCAUGCAAGGAGCGAGGCUAGCCCGCUGGGACCCCCAGGGGUCCACCUUUGCUACCCGCUGGCCCCCACUUCCCGGCGCAGUGGCCAUGGAGCAGCUGUGCCUGCAGCGGGACAUCGACUGCUGGUACGACGGGCCUACGAUCGGGAGUACUUAUUGCCCCUUGUACCAGAGCAUGACGGCAACGCUUGUGAUGUCUCCCUGCGAUGAGGCGGCGUAUGCUCUGUGCACUCUGCCGUCACUCGCUCGUGCACAAAUGCUCACGUACCUGGGCCUGCGCUGUGACUCCACCGGGGCCCAGGCUUCCUCGAGCAGGGCUCCUUGCGAGUACUUAGGAAAGAUCGUUUAUGCUCGAGGCCCAUCCUCGCCGUGA